UAAAUGAAAUGUUCAUUAUCAGAGUGUGUUUGUAAACAAACAGAGGAAUAGUUCGCUCCGCGGCUGUGGCCAGGUCGAGACAUUAUCUUCAUCUUCUGCUCGGUUUAAGAGAGCAAGCCUCUGUUAAAGCAUGUCUACUCCUGCGAGACGGCGGCUCAUGAGAGACUUUAAGAGACUUCAGGAAGAUCCUCCGACUGGUGUGAGCGGUGCUCCUUCAGAAAACAACAUCAUGCUGUGGAACGCCGUGAUCUUUGGGCCUGUAGGAACUCCUUUUGAAGAUGGAACAUUUAAGCUGGUUAUUGAAUUUUCAGAAGAAUAUCCCAACAAGCCUCCAACGGUUCGCUUCAUCUCCAAAAUGUUUCACCCAAAUGUUUAUGCAGAUGGGAGCAUAUGUUUAGACAUUCUUCAGAAUCGCUGGAGUCCCACGUACGACGUCUCCUCCAUUCUGACAUCCAUCCAGGUGCAUGAUGGUCUCUGUUAGACGAGCCCAAUCCCAACAGCCCAGCCAACAGUCAAGCAGCUCAGCUCUAUCAGGAGAACAAACGUGAAUAUGAGAAGAGAGUCUCAGCCAUCGUGGAGCAGAGCUGGCUCGACUCAUAACGCAGCUACACAUCAUUCAUAGCAUUACUCAGUUCUUCGCAAAUGCGUUUUACCUUGAAUGUGUGUGCUUAUUUAUUUCUUUUAACUGCAUGAUAAGUUAUUGCUUACAAAAUCUGAAUCAUACUGUUGACAGAUGGAUGCAGUUGAAUGCAAAUUAUCAGCAAAGAGUGCAAUCCCUAAAUAGGUCCAUCUCAAAGCUUCAGUAAUCCAUCAGUAAUAUAUCUGACAUGCCUUUAAAUGCACCUGAAGAUUGACUGGGAAUCAUUUUUUUGUAUGCGUGUUUGACGAUGCAUCUCGAUGCUCGCGAGUUUUGAGAGAAGACGCGGGAAAUGCUUGGAUCACGGAGUUGAGGGGAUGUUUUAGUUGGAUUCUUGUGAACAUUUAUACUUAUGCUGUAUGCAAAGGAAAAUAAAACAUUUUACAGA